CUGUUCCUCCUCUGUUCCUCCUCUGUUCUCCUCUGUUCCUCCCCUGUUCCUCCUCUGUUCCUCCUCUGUUCCUCCUCUGUUCCUCCUCUGUUCCUCCCCUGUUUCCUCCCUGUUCCUCCUCUGUUCCUCUUCCUCCUCCAUCAUGUCGUGGUUGACGGCUCGUCUCCUCUUCUACCCGACCCUGGCGUAUAACGUGCUGAUGGAGCGGUGGAGCAGUCGGCGCUGGUUCGACCGAGUCGACCCCCACCUCAUCCUGGGAGCUCUGCCCUUCAGGUCCAUGACCAAACAGUUGGUGGAGGAGGAGCAGGUGGGUGGAGUCAUCACCAUGAACGAGGAGUAUGAGACUCGUCUGUUUUGUAAUUCUGCUCAGGAGUGGCAGGAGGUGGGGGUGGAGCAGCUGCGUCUCAGUACGGUGGACCUGGUGGGGGUUCCGUCUCUGGAGCACCUCCAUCGGGGGGUGGAGUUCGCCGUGAGGCACCGGGAGCAGGGCCACAGUGUGUACGUGCACUGUAAGGCCGGACGCUGCCGCAGCGCCACCGUGGCCGCCGCCUACCUCAUACGGGUGUACUGUGUGACUCCAGACGAGGCGUGUGAGCGUCUCCGGACUCUUCGUCCUCACGUCAUCCUUCGCUCCAACCAGCUCCGCCUCCUGCACGACUUUUACCGACAAGUGUGUGUCUCCGAGCGAGAAAACCAAGAACCAGGACCAAGAGCGACGUGACGAGUGUGAAACCACCAGCAGACACACAAACGACACAAACGACACGACAAACGACACAAACGACACGACAAACGACACAAACGACACAAACGACACAACAAACGACACGAACGACACGACAAACGACACGACAAACGACACAAACGACACAAAACGACACGAACGACACGACAAACGACACGACAAACGACACAAACGACACGACAAACGACACAAACGACACAAACGACACAAACGACACAAACGACACAAACGACACAACAAACUAUCAAAAAUCGUUUGUUCUGUAAAAGUUUGUUUUGUGUGAUUCUGUUUUUUUUUUUAUCUGAACAGUUUUAUUUUGGUCGAUGAGUCAAAAUGUGCCUCAGCCUCAAAACAACAGAAAAUUAAACCAAACAUUUGUGUUUGGUUUGUGUUGUUUUGUGUGUGUCUGUUUUCAUUUGUGUUUAUUUCUAAAAUUAUUCAUUAUUAUUUUUGUGUAAAUUAUAUUUUGUUCAUUUCUGUUCAGUUGACGACAGCGACUUUAACAAAACUCCACAAAACUCGUGAAGAGAAACGACCUGAGUCUGUGGAAAAGUCUGCGUGAUUAUAAAAAUAUGAAUCAAAAGUAAAUGACUAAAGACUGAUCAGACUCUAUAAAUCACAUGUCAAAUUCAGGCCUGGGGGCCAAAUUUGGCCCGUGAUAUAAUUAUAUUUGUCCCGUGAGAUCAAAUCAAAUCUGUAUCAGAGCUGCUGCCGCACACAGAGACGACAGACACAUGAUUUAUUUAAAAUGUUAUUAUUAUUUUAUUUUCUGUUUGUUCUAAAUUCAAUGUUUAAGUAAAACUAUUAUUAAACAUUUAUUUUAAUAAGAAAAGUUUUAACAUUACAGAUCUCCAAAGAAUAGAAAUCAUGCAGAUGUUGGUGACAUUUUUCAAUAAACUUAGUCCCAGUUUUUCA